GCUGGAAAAUUAUAUGUUGCAAAUGAUGCAAAUGCAAUUCAAGUUUAUAGUUUUCCAAGUAUGAAUCCAGAUGGUAUUAUUACAAGAUUUGCAUCUCAAAUAAACAGUAUAUAUUGUAGCACCAAUGGAAAAAUUCUUUUAGCUGGAGCAGGAGAUUUCAUAAUUAAAGCUGUAGAUACAACUAAUAGUGCACAAAAUAUAUUUGAAGGACAUGAAGCACCUAUUUUAAGUGUUGCUCUUGAUCCACAAGAAUAUUAUAUAGAAUUUCAAUAUUUUGGGAUCCUGAUUAACCAAUUGACAAAGGGACGAAAAGGGGACCAUGCUUGAGGGUAGGGUGAGACACGUGGUGAGAGAAGAAAAGCACUUUUGGGUUCGCCACCAAGGAGAAAGGUCAAGCAAGAGUGGAGGAGGACCAUGCAUAAGCCUUAGGGAAAAGAGAGAACAAGCCAAGGGAGAUCAAGUAGGAAUGGAGACAAGAAUUAAUUGGGAUAGCUGUUCCGGAGAGAUCCAAGGAACGUGUUCGAUAAUAAUUAUAUUGAAAAAACCCUCAUGCUAAUGGAUUUUCAAUUCGCUGUGCACAAAGUGACCAACGUCAUUAUCUACCUAAGUAUCAGGACUCACCGACUCACUAUUGGUAGACUUUUCUAAUCAUUUCUUAUCUUUCUUUCUCUCUCUAUUAGUAAUAGUAUUAGGUUUAAGUUUAGUUAUAAUUAUCUUAGUUUAAGCAAGUUACUCAUAUUCUAAUUUGUCGUGAGAAGGUUGAACGAGAGAUGAGACUCUGUAAUUCUAUAUAUAUAAUUGGUUCAGUGACGCACAUUCUGACCUCUGUCUAUUUAUUCAACUAAUGAAGUGAUUGAUCUUUAUUUGCUGAUCAUCCAUACUUUCACAGUAUAAUAAUUAAAAAUAUUAAUGAUGAUUAAAGACAAAGCGCAGACUAUACAAGAAGAAAAUAAAAGGAAUAAAAUAAUACUGUAUAUGAUUAAUACAUCGGUGUU